UGCUCUCUGUAUAAAACGGGUCCUCUUCCACACACGGAUUACACUACACGCGGGAAGUCACUGCGGCUUCGUUUUUUUUUUUUUUUUUUUUCCAAACCAAAGCAAAUCACAAACCUCCAAAAGCAACAUGCAAACUACAGAGGAUGUGAGCUUUUGGAGAUUUUUUCUAUUUUCAUGCCUUUUUUUGCAGAGUUCCAGUCAAGACUUUGGAGGACAGACGCAAUUUAUUUGCACCUCAGUCCCAAAGGAUAUGGACAUAUGCGCAGCCACUUUGCAAAACAGCGUCCCCGGUGAUGACUUGAAGAGCACCGUCGCGCAGUUGAGGGAGACGGUCCUGCAGCAGAAGGAGACCAUCAUUAACCAGAAAGAAACCAUAAGAGAACUGACCUCAAAGUUGGCCAGAUGCGAGAGCCAGAGUGGUGCUGAGGCAGGGGAAGGGCGCUCCGGGGGCAGGAAGAAAGAGGCUGGGACCAAAAACACCAUGGGUGAUGUAUCCAGGGGCCCCGCCGACACUUUGGCGCAACUCUCACAGACUUUACAGUCCCUCAAGCAGAGAUUGGAGAACCUUGAGCAAUUCAGUCGAAGUAACAACUCAGUGCAGGCCAACAGCCUCAAAGACUUGCUCCAAAGUAAAAUCGACGACUUGGAGAAGCAGGUGCUGUCCCGAGUGAAUAGCAUUGAGGAGGGGAAGCCCGGACUCCGGAAUGAGACAGCGCAGCGUGGGAGAGUUGAAUCCACACUCACAUCUUUGCACCAGAGAAUCACCAACCUGGAGAAAGGUCAGCGAGAAAAUAGGCCUCUGGAUAAAUUCCAGCUUACAUUUCCACUGAGAACCAACUACAUGUACGCAAAGGUGAAGAAGAGUUUGCCUGAGAUGUAUGCCCUCACUGUCUGCAUGUGGCUCAAGUCCAACGCAUCCCCAGGAGUGGGCACACCUUUUUCCUAUGCCGUUCCCGGUCAGGCUAAUGAGCUAGUGCUCAUCGAAUGGGGAAACAACCCGAUGGAGAUACUGAUCAAUGAUAAGGUUGCAAAACUGCCUUUCCUGAUCAAUGAUGGUAAAUGGCAUCAUAUCUGUGUGACGUGGACCACUCGUGAUGGUGUCUGGGAAGCUUUCCAAGAUGGUGUCAAAAGAGGGAGUGGUGAGAACUUGGCCCCAUACCAUCCUAUAAAACCGCAAGGACUGCUGAUCCUUGGUCAAGAGCAGGACACUUAUGGAGGUGGGUUCGAUGCAACACAAGCGUUUGUUGGAGAUCUGGCCAACUUUCACAUCUGGGAUCGGAAACUAUCCAUGGGAGAAAUAUACAACCUGGCAACUUGCAGCAGCAAAGCGCAAGUGGGUAAUGUUUUUGCUUGGCUGGAAACAAGCCUUGAAAUUUAUGGAGGUGCCUCAAAGUGGACAUUUGAAGCUUGCCGCCAUCUCAAUUAAAGACAGAAUGAGAGAAAAUCAGUUUAUUUGUUGUGGCCACGGUGGUCACAAGCAUCUCUAAAGGAAUUUGAAGGCAACAGCGGCAAAUAUUUUAGUGGCUAGAGGCUGAAUUGUUCUAGAAACUAAAAACAACAAAAAAAGUGUGCAACCUUUUUUUUCCUUCAGAUUUUCUCUUUGGAAGCCUACUUUGGUAAUAAACAUUUACAGCAUUAUGGUGCUUGAAUGCACUACAAGUUUAUCUGUGGCCCUGUAUGAUGUUGCCACUUCAGAAACCUGAUGAUGUUCAUGGCAACGCGAAUGAAAGGUUCAAUGCAGUAGAAGGUCAUGUAGUCUUUGUAAAAAAGAUGUCCUGUAAUUCAACAAAACAACUUCCUCCAGAGAUUUCUUUUGUUUUGACUGCGGGAGAUUUUCACUGUGAAAAUGGACAAGGCGAACUUCUUUAAAGAGAGUGCGUUCUUCAACAGAACACUGGGUUUCUCUGCUUUUCAUCUCCCGCCAACUGCUUGACGUGAUUUCGUGUGAAGGUUGACAUGCCCAUUGCCAACAUUCAAGCCUGAGUGCCUUGGGCUGUUGAAAAGAAUGUCAGCACCUUCUUGAGUGCUUGUGUGUACCUGUUUAUUUUCUUGAAUCCAAUUUCCAAAUGUGUCAUCAUAACACUUUAAACUUUAACGGCGUUGUCCAGAAAUUCAUGAAAGGCAAUGGGACAUUUUGCAAAGGUUUGUACAUUAAUGGGAAUGUUAACUGUACAGUAACAGCAUGUCUUAACUUCUGUAAAUGCUGUGCAAGCAUCUAUGACCUUUGCUUUUACUGCUGGAUUUUUGGGUGGAGGUUUUAUACUGCAUUGUUAUAUGCUUAAAGCAUGGCAGCACUAACAGAUGAAAAGUUCUAGUUUUUGUAAUAAAUUGUGAUACUUGACUCAAAAAUGUGUUAACAUAUUUAUUCUUACAAAUCGGUGCAUGCAGAUGAUAUGAAUGCACGACCUUGAAAAAAAAAAACCAACCUAUUAAGAAUGGAAGUUGUAACUCAACUCAGUAAAAAUGGUUGAAACAUUUUCUCCUGUGUGUCUUAUAAGUUGGUUGUUGAAGGGUUUUGUAGGGUUGUGAGUACUAUGUCGAAUCAAAAAAUGUUGAAUGACAGACACAUUGUCCUUGACAAUUGCUUUCAAACAGAGAUGACACGAAGUCCAUUGGUACUGAAGGAAAAGAAAGUCGAUUUUCUUUCCCUUUUUACAGGUUCUUUAAUUCUCUUAACGAACAGGAGAUGACGACACACAAUUCAGAAACAAAAAGAAAGCAUUAAUCACCAAAGAUAUAUACUGUACGUUUACAGUGUACCACAAAAGUGAGUACAGCCCUCACAUUUCUGCAGAUAUUUAAGUAUAUCUUUUCAUGGGACAAGACUGACAAAAUGAC